UCUCCCUAUAAAUACUCUUCUCCAGCUUCCCUCUUCUCUUCCAAAGGAGAACACACUUUUCUCAGUCUCUACUAUUCAGUAGGUUUUCUCAGUUUCAAAACAACAGUUGUAGCAUACAAAAUUACCACAGCAAAACAAAUUCUCUAAGUUUCGAGAAGGAAAAAAUGGAUGCAUAUACAGUUCACCUAGCGAUGGCGGCACUAGUCGGAGCAUCGCUAGUGGCGGUAUCGGCGUAUUAUAUGCACCGUAAAACCCUAAAUCAGUUAUUAGAGUUUGCGAAAACGAUAGAUAGGGAUAGGGACCGGGAUGACGUGGCGACGACGGAGGACGUCGACGGUGAAGAGGCAGAGAAGCAUUUGAGGAAGUACGGCGGUGUUGCUGCGGAGAAGCGUCGGAAUCAUAGCCGGAGGAAAGGGAGUAAUGGAUAUUACCGCCGUGCUUCAGCUUCGUUGCCCGACGUGACUACGGCGACUUCCGGCGAGGUUGAGGAAAACAGGAAUGGUCCUGUACACGUGGAUUCUAUUCCGGUCGGUUUGCCUAGGCUUCACACGCUUCCUGAAGGGAAAUCGAGAUCCGCACAUUCUCUGAGACCUACUUCUCCCAAGUCUCCAGUUGCAAGUGCCAGUGCAUUUGAAAGUAUAGAAGGAUCAGACGAGGAAGACAAUUUGACUGACAAUGCUAAACUCGACACUUCAUAUCUACACACCAAUGGGAAUGUGGGCCCAGAUGUCAAUGGGGAUCAAAUGGCGAUGGCUGCACCAAGUAUGAUUCGCACGCACAGUGUAUCUGGUGACCUGCAUGGUGUUCAACCUGAUCCAAUAGCUGCAGAUAUUCUAAGGAAAGAGCCGGAGCAAGAAACAUUUGUACGACUGAAGAUAUCUCCUGGUGAGACACCAUCUGCCGAUGAAGCGGAGGUUUAUCGGAACAUACAAGCAUGUCUUGAACUGAGACGAAGUUACGUAUUCAGGGAGGCUGUUGCUCCUUGGGUGAAGGAAGUAAUUUCUGAUCCAAGCACCCCAAAGCCAAAUCCAAAUCCAUUUGAAUUCACUGCAGAAGGAAAAUCUGAUCAUUAUUUUCAGAUGGAAGAUGGAGUUGUUCAUGUAUAUGCAAAUAAAGAUUCGAAAGAGAAACUUUUUCCUGUUGCUGAUGCUACGACCUUUUUCACCGACUUUCAUCACAUCCUUAAAGUAAUAGCAGCUGGGAAUAUCAGAACUUUAUGUCACCAUCGCCUAGUGCUUCUGGAACAAAAAUUCAAUCUUCAUUUGAUGCUCAAUGCGGAUCGAGAGUUCCUUGCUCAGAAAAGUGCACCUCAUCGUGACUUCUACAAUGUGAGGAAGGUUGAUACCCAUGUUCAUCACUCAGCAUGCAUGAAUCAGAAACAUUUGUUAAGAUUUAUCAAGUCAAAGUUGAGGAAGGAGCCAGAUGAGGUUGUGAUAUUUCGUGAUGGAACAUAUAUGACCUUAAAGGAAGUCUUUGAGAGCUUGGAUUUGACCGGGUAUGAUCUCAAUGUUGACCUAUUAGAUGUUCAUGCUGACAAGAGCACCUUUCAUCGUUUUGACAAAUUUAACCUCAAGUACAAUCCAUGCGGUCAAAGUAGGCUGAGAGAGAUUUUUCUCAAGCAGGAUAAUCUUAUACAAGGCCGUUUUCUUGCCGAACUGACUAAGCAAGUAUUUUGUGAUCUUGCUGCAAGCAAAUAUCAAAUGGCAGAAUACAGGAUAUCAAUAUAUGGCCGAAAGAUGAGUGAAUGGGACCAACUUGCAAGCUGGAUCGUAAACAAUGAACUUUACAGUGAAAAUGUUGUCUGGUUGAUCCAGCUUCCAAGACUAUAUAACAUAUACAAAGAAAUGGGAAUUGUAACAUCAUUUCAAAAUAUCCUAGACAACAUCUUUCUGCCCUUGUUUGAGGUUACUGUGAACCCAGAUUCACAUCCUCACCUGCACAUCUUCUUGAAACAGGUUGUUGGAUUGGAUUUGGUGGAUGAUGAAAGCAAACCCGAAAGGAGGCCUACCAAACACAUGCCUACACCUGCUCAAUGGACCAAUGCAUUCAAUCCUGCCUACUCAUACUACGUGUACUAUUGUUAUGCGAACCUCUACACCCUGAAUAAGCUACGCGAGUCAAAGGGCAUGACGACCAUCAAAUUCCGGCCACAUUCUGGGGAGGCUGGAGAUAUUGACCACCUUGCAGCAACUUUCUUAACAGCCCAUAAUAUUGCUCAUGGUAUCAAUUUGAGAAAGUCUCCUGUUCUCCAAUACCUGUACUACUUGGCCCAGAUUGGCUUGGCAAUGUCUCCUCUCAGUAACAACUCUUUAUUUUUGGACUACCAUCGAAAUCCUCUUCCCAUGUUCUUCUUGAGGGGCCUGAAUGUUUCUCUUUCAACUGAUGAUCCAUUGCAAAUUCACUUAACAAAAGAAGCCCUCGUUGAGGAAUACAGUAUAGCUGCUUCAGUUUGGAAGUUGAGCGCAUGUGAUUUAUGUGAGAUUGCACGUAAUUCAGUAUACCAGUCAGGCUUCUCCCAUGCGCUAAAGUCCCACUGGAUUGGGAAGGAGUACUACAUAAGAGGGCCAGAUGGAAACGACAUUCAUAGGACAAAUGUGCCUCAUAUCAGGCUCGAAUUCCGCGAUAUGAUAUGGAGGGAGGAGAUGCAACAGGUUUUUCUGGGCAAGGCUGUAUUUCCUGCAUUCGUUGACCCAUGAUCUGCAAUGCUAAUGCAUUAUCACGGGCUCUGGGUAUCGAUUCACAGUAUCUGGAGAGUUGCCCAUCCGGUAACUCAAGAAGCUUCUCCACCAUGAGAUAUCUGGAUUUUUGAAGCUGAGAGGGUGAAAUUUUGGUAUAUGCUAAGAGCUUAUUAGCCAAAGAUGUGAAAGACCAUUGGAUAUAUAUACUUGAUAGUUCAGGAAGCAACUGGAGCUUAGAGCCUAUAGCACAACCAGCAAGGCAGUCCGUCCACUAUAUACGGAAGCAAGCAACAACAGCCCGUGAAUAAGGAGUUAUGUAUAUCAUGUGUGUCGUAGGUUACAAACUUCAGAUGCAUCGCAAGAUGGAAUUCUGAAUGUUCCAUGGUUCUGUUGUAUCAUAUUUGACAUCUUGGCUAAAUAAAGAGUGCUUCCGCCCAAUUUUCUUUACUUUUUCCCCUUUGGGUGAAGAGGUGAAGCUGUUGUGAGGGAACGAGGCGGAGUUGGGUUUUGAUUUGUUAAUGCACCACAUAUAUUCGCAUAUGUAUUUAUUACGUGCUUUAGCAAUAUUGAGUUGGUUAUAUAAUUCCUGAGCUAUGUAUUUGAGUUAUUAUAGUUUGAUAGCACAAAGCCAUGGCACUUUACUAGUAAUAAUUUUGAAGACUGUCUCCUCGAGUUGAGGCUUUGUCGGAA